AACAUGGCAGAUAAAGAAGAUUCGAAAUUCGGAUUCAAAAAUAAGGAAAAAGCCGAGGAGACUCUAGUCCUGCUCGAAAGCCAUGACAUGCAAUAUCGGAAAUUAACAGUACGUGGCCUAUUGGGCAGGGCGAAACGUGUUCUAUCGAUGACCAAAGCCGAAGAUAAAGUUAAAAAUAUCAAUGAUGCUAUUGAGGUGUUUGAGAAAUGGUUGGCUGAGAACGGCGGUGAUGCAGCAAACAGGAAUGCCAAAACCACUACCGAUGACAAAGUGGAGACGGUACCUGGUCUAGGUUUCAAGGAUAAAGAAUCCGCCGAGAAAACACUGAAAAUUUUGGAAGAUCGUGAUCCCGAAUAUCAGAAACUUGCAAUUAAAGGUCUUAUUGGAAGCUCGAAACGUGUCCUUUCCGGUACUAAAAAUGAAGAAAAAAUUCAAUCUAUCAAAGAGGGUGUGAAAAUUUUGGAAGAUUUCCUCGAAAAAUUCGAAAGAGAAAAUCUGAUUAAAAAUAAUCGCGCUUAUUUCGCCUAUGAUGUUAUAGCAAAAUUACCACAGCCUGAGGACAAAUUACAAGCCGAGUUCCUCAUGGCCUACGGUGGUCCCAAAGCCAAGGGCAAUUACAAACAUUUACGUACCAUGUUUCCCGAAGCGGAUGACAGUACUUCAUGGGAUAUUAUACGUAAUAGAAAUAUCACGAAAAUUUUGGCACAAAUUAAGGAAGAGGAUUCUAAGUUGUUUGAUGACAAUGGCAAGCCAAGUGAUCUGCAUAUGCAGUUAAUCCACUGGGCAUACAGUCCACAACCGGACAAAGUGAAAAGUUACGUAGCCACGUUAAAAUCAGAAAGUCCCAAGAAGGCCGAAAAGCGGAAACACGAAGAGAAAUCGGAGAGUAGUAGCAGCAGUGGCAGUAAUACCGAUGAUGAAACCGAAAACGGUAAGGAUGAACAAAUGAAAGAAGACCAGGAAGAAAAUGAUGAAUCUCCUGCCAAAAAAGCCAAGACGUCAUGA